CCGCCACCGCCCGCCGCGGGCUCGGGGCCCACCAUGCGCCCGCCACGUCCGCUGCCGGCCCGCUGGCUGUGCGUGCUGGCAGGUGCCCUCGCCUGCGCCCUCGGCCCGGCGGGCGGCCGGGCGGCCAGGCUGCAGCAGGAGUGUGACUAUCUGCAGAUGAUCGAGGUGCAACAGAAGCAGUGCAUGGAGGAGGCCGAGCUGGAGAAUGAGACAGCAGGCUGUGGCAAGAUGUGGGACAACCUCACCUGCUGGCCGGCCACCCCCCGGGGCCAGGUUGUUGUCUUGGCCUGUCCCCUCAUCUUCAAGCUCUUCUCCCCCAUUCAAGGCCGCAACGUGAGCCGCCACUGCACCGAGGAAGGCUGGACACAGCUGGAGCCCGGCCCCUACCCCGUCGCCUGUGGUUUGGAUGACAAGGCGGCGAGUUUGGAUGAGCAGCAGACCAUGUUCUUCGCUUCCGUGAAGACCGGGUACACCGUGGGCUAUAGCCUGUCCCUCGCCACCCUGCUGGUUGCCACGGCGAUCCUGAACCUGUUCAGGAAGCUCCACUGCACGAGGAACUACAUCCACACGCACCUGUUCGUCUCCUUCAUCCUGAGGGCCGCCGCCGUCUUCAUCAAGGACUUGGCCCUCUUCGAGAGCGGCGAGUCGGACCAGUGCUCCGAGGGCUCGGUGGGCUGUAAGGCAGCGAUGGUCUUCUUCCAAUACUGUGUCAUGGCCAACUUCUUCUGGCUGCUGGUGGAGGGGCUCUACCUGUACACCCUGCUCGCCGUCUCCUUCUUCUCCGAGCGGAAGUACUUCUGGGGGUACAUACUCAUCGGCUGGGGGGUGCCCAGCACGUUCACCACGGUGUGGGCCAUCGUCAGGAUCCAUUUUGAGGAUUACGGGUGCUGGGACAUCAUCGACUCCUCCCUGUGGUGGAUCAUAAAGGGCCCCAUCCUCACCUCCAUCCUGGUGAACUUCAUUCUGUUUAUUUGCAUCAUCCGAAUCCUGCUUCAGAAACUGCGGCCCCCAGAUAUCAGGAAGAGUGGCAGCAGUCCCUACUCGAGGCUGGCCAGGUCCACACUCCUGCUGAUCCCCCUGUUCGGAGUGCACUACAUCAUGUUCGCCUUCUUUCCUGACAAUUUUAAGGCUGAGGUGAAAAUGGUCUUUGAGCUCAUCGUGGGGUCUUUCCAGGGUUUCGUGGUGGCUAUCCUCUACUGCUUCCUCAAUGGUGAGGUGCAGGCGGAGCUGAGGCGGAAGUGGCGGCGCUGGCAUCUGCAGGGCGUCCUGGGUUGGAACCCCAAAUACCGGCCCCCAUCAGGAGGCAGCAACAGCGGCACGUGCAGCACGCAGGUCUCCAUGCUGACCCGCGUCAGCCCCGGGGCCCGCCGCUCCUCCAGCUUCCAAGCCGAAGUCUCCCUGGUCUGACCGCCAGGAUCCCGGGGCCCCUCCCACUCACCCCGGCAGACGCCGGGGACAGAGGCCUACCUGGGCGCGGCCAGCCCCAGCCCUGGGCUCGGAGGCUGCCCCCAGCCCUCUGGUCUCUGUUCCAGAGCUCCUACAGAGCGCAGCCCCUACAGAGCGCAGCCCUAGUGCCUGCCUGGAGGUUUCUAGCAAGUAAGAGAAGCAGGGAGCUCCUCUCCCUGAGGGCUGCAGGUGGGACUCAGCCACGA